ACGGACGGACGGACGGACGCCGCCAUGGAGACCAAGAUCCCGCCUGCCGUCACGCCGACCAGCCCCUCCUCCCCCGGGCUGUCCCCGGUGCCGCCGCCGGACAAGGUGGACGGGUUCUCCCGCCGGUCGCUGCGCCGGUCCCGCCAGCGCCGCUCCCACAGCUCCUCCCAGUUCCGCUACCAGAGCAACCAGCAGGAGCUGACGCCGCUCCCGCUGCUGAAAGAUGCUCCAGUUUCAGACCUCCACGACCUUCUCUGCAAGAAGCUGCAGCAGUGCUCCAUUGUCUUCGACUUCCUUGACUGCGUUGCUGACCUGAAGGGCAAGGAGAUCAAGCGGGCGGCACUGAAUGAGCUGGUGGAGUGCGUGGCAACAAACCGUGGCAUCCUAAUUGAGCCACUGUAUCCUGAGAUCAUCAAGAUGAUAUCAGUCAAUAUUUUCCGAAUUCUUCCACCCAGUGAGAACCCCGAGUUUGAUCCCGAAGAAGAUGAGCCGAACCUGGAACCGUCUUGGCCUCAUCUCCAGCUUGUAUAUGAAUUUUUCCUCCGGUUCCUUGAAAGUCCAGACUUCCAACCCUCAGUUGCCAAGCGCUACAUAGACCAGAAAUUCGUAUUGAUGCUGCUAGAGUUGUUUGACAGCGAAGACCCCCGGGAACGUGAAUACCUCAAGACCAUCCUUCACCGGGUUUAUGGCAAAUUCCUGGGCCUUCGUGCAUAUAUUCGCAAGCAAUGCAAUAACAUAUUUUUGCGGUUUAUCUACGAGACCGAACAUUUCAACGGAGUGGCCGAAUUGUUAGAAAUCCUUGGGAGUAUAAUCAAUGGCUUUGCCUUGCCCUUGAAGACAGAACACAAGCAGUUCCUGGUCCGCGUCCUCAUCCCACUUCACUCGGUGAAAUCGCUCUCCAUUUUCCACGCCCAGCUGGCCUACUGCGUGGUUCAGUUCUUGGAAAAAGAUGCCACACUGACAGAGCAUGUGAUACGCGGCCUGUUGAAAUACUGGCCGAAGACCUGCACGCAAAAGGAGGUGAUGCUCUUAGGGGAAAUCGAGGAGAUCCUGGACGUCAUCGAGCCUUCGCAGUUUGUGAAGAUCCAGGAGCCGCUGUUCAAGCAGGUGGCGCGGUGCAUCGCCAGUCCUCACUUCCAGGUGGCAGAACGGGCUUUGUAUUUCUGGAACAACGAAUACAUCUUGAGCCUGGUGGAGGACAACUGCCACACAGUACUGCCAACCAUCUUUGGCACGCUUUACCGGGUCUCCAAGGAGCACUGGAACCCGACCAUCGUGUCCCUGGUCUACAAUGUUCUCAAGACCUUCAUGGAGAUGAACGGGAAGCUCUUUGAUGAACUCACUGCCUCCUACAAGGUGGAAAAACAGCAGGAGCUGAAGAAGGAGAAGGAACGGCAGGAGCUCUGGAGGCAUCUGGACGAGCUUCAGCUGCAGAAGCUGCAGGGCCUGGAAGACGCCAAGAUGAACCGCCUGAAUCUGCAACGCACCCUGGCCAGCUAGGAGCCCCUCCUCCCCUGGAGCUGACCCCCCCCCCACUGGGCGGUGGGAGCGCAGCACACCGGUGCCGUCCCCAUCCGAGACAGCUGGGCACCCCCCCGUCCUGUGCCAGGCUGGAGCGCGUGUCCUUGGCUCUCCCCCCCACCCCCCCAGGAUCAGAGUUGUGUGGCUGGGCCGGGGGGCAGGCGAAGGGAGGGGAGAGGACUUGGCGGAGCUCCCUGCUGGGCUUCAGUGGCGCCCCUAAUAGCAGUGGGCCUGUAAA